AUGGACCUCUUGCCAGAUCUGUGGAGGCAUGAGUACUGGCUGCCUCCUGGGAUCACCUGGAGAGACAUGGAGCAGAUGGAGGAGUAUCCGCGUCCCCGUGAUCUGCUGUUCGCCUUGCCUCUGGCUUUAGGGUUCAUUGUCCUCCGUCUAGUAUUUGACAGGUAACCUUUUUGGAACUACUGUAUGGACUACAUCUUGGAUACGAUCUUGGUUUGCAACAAUAUUUUGGCCAGUAAGCAACAAGAAUGUGUGUCUGAAAUAUGAAUCAGUGACAGUUAAAAGGGGGAAGAUUCAACUCACACAAUGGAACAAUCUGAUUGUACGGAUAUGUGAAACUGCACCCUUUCACUGAAAUUAAGUGAAAGGGUGAAAAUGUUUGAUUAAUGGCAUCAAGUAUUUUUAUAGUUGAAGAAUAGCAUGAUUCCUCCGCAGUGUGACUGUUACGCAGCACGGAUUUGAUUGAAUUCUUGAUUAAGUCUUGUCAUGCACCAUCACCCGACAACAAGCAGUAGCAGUGAAAUUAAAUCCCCAUUGGAGGAAGCUGUAUUGUUGGUUGACCUGCCCUGUAUGCCUGCAGGUGCUUUGGCGGGUAUUGUUGGCGGUAGCGCAGGCCAGUUGGGAAUAAUAGAGAGAGGAGGUGUCAGCACUUUGCUGAAAGAGAGAGCAGCAGCAGGUAGAGUGGAGAGAGGGUGGGCUCUGUUGCUACAGAAGCCGUUUCCUACGGUAACCAGACUGAUCCCCGUACGUUUUCUCCGACCUACUAAAUGGCUUAAAGAGGUUGUUACAGCAACACAUAGACAAGUUUCAAGUUAAAGUUUUAUUAGUCGUAUGUACAGCAUACACAUAAUAAUAAUAACAAUAAUAAAAGACAAGCACAGAUAUUCUGUAUAGUACAGACAUGCUGUGAGCACACGCACGCACGCACACACACACACACACACACACACACACACACACACACACACACAAUGUAUAGAUUAUCAAAGAACUAUAGAAACACGCCUAUUUUCAUAUUGCCAUUAGUAAUACUACACCUCUUGCUGUGAAGAUCAACAUUUGCGCUUAUGGUUUCCUCACCCCUAGGGUUGUGGCUCCCCCCUUGGGCAGAUGUGUGGGGUUGAAGAACAGAUUGUGCAUGGCUGUCGCUCCCUCCACAAAGCUUGAGUCCUUCUACACCCAACAAAACCGACAACCAUCUCAGGUUAGUGUCAGAGACAUCAAACUCUGAUAAUGGUAUAUGCCAGUCUUUAUCUCUUACAUCAACAUAGCUGCUGGAAGUGUUUGCACUGUGGGAAUGGAAGGGUGACGGGGAUAUGAUUGCUAUGAUAGGGAAACAGAUCAUGUACAAGCAUCCUGGUCUACGAGUUCCUGGAAAAUGUUGAUACAGGUGCAUAACCACAGAAUAAAAUUACUGUGAAUAGUAACAGAUUACAAAUAGGUUUGGCCAUAUUGGACAAAUAAAUAAUGACUUUUAGUGGGAGCUGUAGUAUUAUAUUUACAGCUGUAAUAAUGUUCUUUCUAUAUACCUUCAUAUUUAGAGUGAUAUCAUCAGUCUAAUGGCACAAUGUGACAAAACCCAGAGACAAAUUGAGACCUGGUUUCGUCACCGAAGAAACCAAGACAGGCCCAGCUACACCAAGAGGUUCUGCGAGGCUUGGCAAGUCCUUUCUUUACCAAGCAAAGGGUUUUUGCCCUUUCGUUUAGCUUCAUUCACUUGUAUGACCAAAUUUGUUUGAUUAUUUAAUUUAACCUUCAUUUAACCAGUCAGUUAAGAACAGAUUCUUGUUUAUUUACAAUGACGCCCUGGUCACCAGGAAAAGGACUGUGAAAUUCAAUGAUAUUUGAUGUCAUUCCAUUUUCACGUUGCUAAUGCAGUUCUAGUUGUAAGACCUUAAAGGGCAAUUCCACCACUUUUCAAUAUAAUUUUCAUUAUUUCCAGCACAAUACCAGUGUCUACAUAUGAGAAAACGUCACAUUUCUAUGUUUUGUGGAAAAAAAUAUGAAGUUAAAAAGCUCUACCUGAUAUUUUUUUAAAUCACUGUUUUAUUACUUUUAAUCCUACCCUGUGAUGUCACAGAGAAGGGCCUUUCUUCUUAUCUUUUUAACCACAGAUCAUAGAAACGCGCUGUUUUCACAUAUGUAGACACUGGUUUGGUGCUGGAGAUAAUGAAUAUGAGGUUGAAAAGUGAUGGAAUUGCCCUUUAAAUUGUAACUAAAACCUGUGUCAUUUUGCAGUUGGAGGUUUUUCUUCUACCUCAUAGCGUUCCUAGCUGGACUCACAACUUUGAUCGAUGUGAGUAUUAGUAUGAACCACAACCCUACAGACCUGGGUUCAAAUACAUGUGUAUUUGAUUAUGUGUUAUUUAUGUACUUAUGUAUUUGUAUUUGAGUAUUUUCAAAUAAUGUGGCCCGAAUCAACUACUUCUAUUGGAAGUAUUUGAAAGUAUUUUCAAUUACUUUCAAAUAAACUGCCAACUAUUUGAAAGUAUUUUCAAAUACUUAAUUCCAAAUAUAAUAUUUAAAUACCAAGCAGACCUGGUUCAAAUGCAUGGGAGUAUAUUAAUAUUUGUAUAAAUAAUGUGUAUUUGAGUAUUUUCAAUAACUGCCAUUACUUUGCAAGUUUAUUUCCAAAUACAUUACCAUUCAAAAGUUUGGGGUCACUUAGAAAUGUCCUUGUUUUCGAGUGUCCAUUAAAAUAACAUCAAAUUGAUCAGAAAUACAGUGUAGACAUUGUUAAUGUUGUAAAUGGCUAUUGUAGCUGGAAACGGCUGAUUUUUUAUGGAAUAUCUACAUAGGUGAACAGAGGCCCAUUAUCAGCAACCAUCAGUCCUGUGUUCCAAUGGCACGUUGUGUUUGCUAAUCCAAGUUUAUCAUUUUAAAAGGCUAAUUGAUCAUUAGAAAACCCUUUUGCAAUUAUGUUAGCACAGCUGAAAACUGUUGUGCUGAUUAAAGAAGCAAUAAAACUGGCCUUCUUGAGACUAGUUGAGUAUCUGGAGCAUCAGCAAUUGUGGGUUCGAUUACAGGCUCAAAAUGGGCCAGAAACAAAUAACUUUCUUCUGAAACUCGUCAGUCUAUUCUUGUUCUGAGAAAUGAAGGCUAUUCCAUGCGAGAAAUUGCCAAGAAACUGAAGAUCUCGUACAACGCCGUGUACUACUCCCUUUACAGAACAGCGCAAACUGGCUCUAACCAGAAUAGAAAGAGGAGUGGGAGGCCCCGGUGCACAACUGAGCAAGAGGACAAAUACAUUAGAGUGUCUAGUUUGAGAAACAGGUCCUCAUCUGGCAGCUUCACUAUAUAGUACCCGCAAAACACCAGUCUCAAUGUCAACAGUGAAGAGGCGACUCCGGGAUGCUGACCUUCUAGGCAGAGGUGAAAAGAAAAAGCCAUAUCUCAGACUGGCCAAUAAAAAGAAAAGAUUAAGAUGGGCAGUCUGAUAUAUGGCUUUUCUUUGCAACUCUGCCUAGAAGGUCAGCAUCCCAGAGUCGUCUCUUUGUCACAAACAACAGGUGUAGGCUAACAGUGAAUGCUUACUUACGGAUCCUUUUCCAACAAUGCAGAGUUAAAGAUUGAUUUUUUUAAAUAAAACAAAUAUAUAACUUGUGUUUUCAAAUAAAAUAAAUAUCAAAAUACUUACAGUACCAGUCAAAGGUUUGGACAUACCUACUCAUUCCAUGGUUUGUCUUUAUUUUUACUAUUUUCUACAUUGUAGAAUAAUAGUGAAGACAUCAAAACUAUGAAAUAACACAUAUGGAAUCAUGUAGUAACCAAAAAAGUGUUAAACAAAUCUAAAUAUAUUUUAAAUUUGAGAUUCUUCAAAGUAGCCACCCUUUGCCUUGAUGACAGCUUUGCACACUCUUGGCAUUCCCUCAACCAGCUUCACCUGGAAUGCUAUUCCAACAUUCUUGAAGGAGUUCCCACAUACACUGAGCACUUGUUGGCUGCUUUUCCUUCACUCUGUGGUCCAACUCAUCCCAAACCAUCUCAAUUGGGUUGUCGGGUGAUUGUGGAGGCCAGGUCAUCUGAUGCAGCACUCCAUCACUCUCCUUCUUGGUAAAAUAGCCCUUACACAGCCUGGAGGUGUGUUGGGUCAUUGUCCUGUUGAAAAACAAAUGAUAGUCCCACUAAGCCCAAACCAGAUGGGAUGGCGUGUCGCUGCAGAAUGCUGUGGUAGCCAUGCUGGUUAAGUGUGGCUUGAAUUCAAAAUACUUUUUAGGUUACUAAAUGAUUACAUAUGUGUUAUUUCAUAGUUUUGAUGUCUUCACUAUUAUUCUACAAUGUAGAAAAUAGUAAAAAAAUAAAGAAGAACCCUUUUGACUGGUACUGUACUUCCAAAUGUCUUUCAAAGUAAUUUAAAUAACGUAAAUAGUUUUUGAACCCAGGUCUGUUCAGGUCACAUUGGCUUCAUCUGCAUGAGAAACUUGUUUAUUCCAACCUCCUUUCCCUUUAGAGAUCCUGGUUUUGGGACCAGAGAGAAUGCUGGACAGGUUAUCCACAACAAGUAAGCUCACAUGUUCUGUUUUCCCUUCAAUCUAUGUCUAUACCCUCUACCUUUAUACCCCUAUACCUUUUAACUUACAGAGCACUAAUAUUUACGGUGCCUUCAGAAAGUAUUCACACCCCUUAACUUUUUCCACAUUUUGUUGUGUUACAAAGUGGGAUUAAAAUGGCUUUAAUAGUCAUUUUUUGUUAAUGAUCUACACAAAAUACUCUGUAAUGUCAAAGUGGAAGAAAAAUAUAUAGUAUAGUAAAAACUAUAUAUAUAAAAAAGAAAACACUAUUAUAGAUAAGUAUCCAACCCCCUGAGUCAAUACAUAUUGGAAUCACCUUUGGCAGCGAUUACAGCUGUGAGUCUUUUUGGGUAAGUCCCAUUAUUCUUUUAAAGAUUCUUCAAGCUCUGUCAAGUUGGUUGUUGAUCGCUAGACAGCCAUUUUCAAGUCUUGCCAUAGAUUUUCAAGCCGAUUUAAUUGAAAAUUGUAUCUAGGCCACUCAGGAACAUUCAAUGUCGUCUUGGUAAGCAACUCCAGUGUAUAUUUGGCCUUGUAUUUUAGGUGAUUGUCCUGCUGAAAGGUGAAUUUGUCUCCCAGUGUCUGUUGGAAAUCAGACUGAAACAGGUUUUCCUCUAGGAUUUUAUCCUAAAAAUGUCUCUAGUCCUUGCCAAAGAAAAGCAUACACAUAACAUGAUGCAGCCACCACCAUGCUUGAAAAUUUGAGGAGUGGUACUCAGUGAUGUGUUGUGUUGGAUUUGCGCCAAAUGUAACGGUUUUAUUCAGGACAUAAAGUUAUUUUGUUGCAGUUUUACUUUAGUGCCUUAUUGCAUGUUUUGGAAUAUUUGUAUUCUAUACAGGCUUCCUUCUUUUCACUCUGUCAUUUAGGUUAGUAUUGUGGAGUAACUACAAUGUUGUUGAUCCAUCCUCAGUUUUCUCCUAUCACAGCCAUUAAACUCUGUAACUGUUUUAAAGUCACCUGUCCUCAUGGUGAAAUCCCUGAGCGGUUUCCUUCCUCUCCGGCAACUGAGUUAGGAAGGACGACUGUAUCUUUGGAGUGACUGGGUGUAUUGAUACACCAUCCAAAGUGUAAUUAAUAACUUCACCAUACUCAAAGGGAUAUUCAAUGUCUGCUUUUUUAUUUUUACCCAUCUACCAAUAGUUGCCCCUCUUUAAGAGGCAUUGGAAAACCUCCCUGGUGUUUGUGGUUGAAUCUGUGUUUGAAAUUCACUGCUUGACUGAGGGACCUUACAUAUAACUGUAUGUGUGGGGUACAGAGAUGAGGUACUCAUAAAAAAAUCAUGUUAAACACUAUUAUUGCACACAGAGUGAGUCCAUGCAACUUAUUAUGUGACUUGUUAAAAGGUUACUUCUACUUCCCCAGAGUCAGAUGAACUUGUGGAUACAAUUUUUAUGUCUUUGUGUCCAGUAUGAAGGAAGUUAGAGGUAGUUUCGCGAACCAAUACUAACUACAUUGCCUUGCAAAAGUAUUCAUCCUCCUUGGCGUUUUUCCUAUUUUGUUGCAUUACAACCUGUAAUUUAAAUGGAUUUCUAUUUAAAUUUCAUGUAAUGGACAUACACAAAAUAGUCCAAAUUGGUGAAGUGAAAUGAAAAAAAUUACUUGUUUCAAAAACUAUAAAAAUAAAUAACGGAAAAGUGGUGCGUGCAUAUGUAUUCACCCCCUUUGCUAUGAAGCCCCUAAAUAAGAUCUGGUGCAACCAAUUACCUUCAGAAAUCACAUAAUUAGUUAAGUAAAGUCCACCUGUGUGCAAUCUAAGUGUCACAUGAUCUCAGUAUAUAUACACACCUGUUCUGAAAGGCCCCAGAGUCUGAAACACCACUAAGCAAGGGACACCACGACUUUGAACAUCCCACGGAGCACCAUUAAAUCCAUUAUUAGAAAAAUUGAAAGAAUAUGGCACCACAACAAACCUGCCAAGAGAGGGCUGCCCACCAAAACUCACGGACCAGGCAAGGAGGGCAUUAAUCAGAGAGGCAACAAAGACACCAAAGAUAACCCUGAAGGAGCUGCAAAGCACCACAGCGGAGAUUGGAGUAUCUGUCCAUAGGACCACUUUAAGCUGUACACUCCACAGAGCUGGGCUUUACAGAAGAGUGACCAGAAAAAAGCCAUUGCUUAAAGAAAAAAAUAAGCAAACACGUUUGGUGUUCGCCAAAAGGCAUGUGGGAGACUCCCCAAACAUAUGGAAGAAGAUACUCUGGUCAGAUGAGACUAAAAUUGAGCUUUUUGGCCAUCAAGGAAAACGCUAUGUCUGGCACAAACCCAACACCUCUCAUCACCCCGAGAACACCAUCAUCAUGUUUUUCAUCAGCAGGGACUGGGAAACUGGUCAGAAUUGAAGGAACGAUAGAUGGCGCUAAAUACAGGGAAAUUCUUGAGGGAAACCUGUUUCAGUCUUCCAGAGAUUUGAGACUGGGACGGAGGUUCACCUUCCAGCAGGACAAUGACCCUUAAGCAACACUUGAGUGGUCUAAGGGGAAACAUUUAAAUGUCUUGGAAUGGCCUAGUCAAAGCCCACACCUCAAUCCAAUUGAGAAUCUGUGGUAUGACUUAAAGAUUGCUGUACACCAGCGGAACCCAUCCAACUUGAAGGAGCUGGAGCAGUUUUGCCUUGAAGAAUGGGCAAAAAUCCCAGUGGCUAGAUGUACCAAGCUUAUAGAGACAUACCCCAAGAGACUUGCAGCUGUAAUUGCUGCAAAAGGUAGCUCUACAAAGUAUUGACUUUGGGGGUGAAUAGUUAUGCACGCUCAAUUUUUCUGUUUUUUUGUCUUAUUUCUUGUUUGUUUCACAAAAAAAUGAUUUUGCAUCUUCAAAGUGGUAGGCAUGUUGUGUAAAUCAAAUGAUACAACCCCCCCAAAAAUCUAUUUUAAUUCUGGUUGUAAGGCUACAAAAUAAAAUGCCAAGGGGGUGAAUACUUUCACAAGCCACUGUAGCGUUAGCGCAAUGACUUGAAGUCUUUGUGUAUCUGCUUGACUGGAAGUCUAUAGGUACCUGCUAGCAGCUAUUGAUUCAAGACAUUUCAGCUUUCAAUUUGUUAUUAAUUAGAAAAAUGUCUAAAACCAUCAUUCCACUUUCACAUUAUAAGGUAUUGUGUGUAGGCCAGUGACACAAAAUCUCAAUCCAUUUUAAAUUCAGGCUGUAACAACAAAAUGUGGAAAAAGUUUUAGGGGUGUGAAUACUUUCUGAAGGCACUGUACAUUUCUGUACUGUUUUUGUCCCUUUAGUGUACAUUACAUAGGCUAUACUUUAUACCAACAAUGAUAUGACCAACUACAGAAUGAAAUUAUUCUCUGUUAGAUCAUGUCCAUACUGUAUCUCUGACAAUCAAAAACCAGGUGCCGAGUCGUGAUGGAACAAGGCCCUACCUAAGUAUGAGGAUGUACAGUAUGGUUCAUUCUGGUUUGGAAUUCCCACUCAUUAAUUUUCCCAUUCAUUUGGCGGUGGACAAAGACAUUCCGCUCAAAACAUUUAGCUCAAAACAAUGGCUCGUUGUCAUCAGCAAAAAUAACAUUCUGCACACUUUAACUGUAUAAUUCCCAAGUGUGCUUAUUAAGGUUGUGAAUCUUAUUUUUUACGGAUGAAAAUGUAUAUUUUCCUUGAUAUUCAGCACCGGUACAUAGCCAGUGGAUGUGCAUUUGUUAUACCCAAUCAUAGUCAACAGUGUAUUUCCCUAUCCUCUGCAGCCAAUUGAGAGGGCCCACUUCUGGUACUACCAGCUGGAGCUGGGCUUCUACCUCUCCCUUCUUCUCUGUGUCUCUGUGGACGUCAAGAGGAAAGUAAGUCCCUUCAUCUGCCUGCUCCUCACUUCCUGCCAGGACCAUGAUAAUAAGCAGUCCCCAUUUAUCACACUUACUAAUAGAGAAGAGCAAGGAUCAGGGUGCGACAUUAUUUGCGCUCCCUCAUAUUUCAUACAUGAUCAGCUCUACUGGCUUUUCCGCUAUUUAAAGAUACUAGACAUGUUACUUGGAUUCCGGUUAAUAAUAGACUCAAAGACCUGUUGGGUGAAUGGAUAAUCUAUUUCAAAACUCACAUUUCUUCCUCAGAGAAAUAAAGGGUCAACAUGGUCUUUCAAUGAUUUAAUCCCUGGCCUCAAUAAUCAUUGAGAUAAUAAUAAAAAUAAUAAUAUGCCAUUUAGCAGACGCUUUUAUCCAAAGCGACUUACAGUCAUGCGUGCAUAAAUUUUUGUGUAUGGGUGGUCCCGGGGAUCGAACCCACUACCUUGGCGUUACAAGCGCCGUGCUCUACCAGCUGUAUUGAACAAAUACGGUAUAGUAUUCUAAAGCAAAGCUUUUGGUAUUUUGGCUUUUGGCGGUGUCAGAGGAAGGCCCUCAAAAUUGUCAAAGACUCCAGCCACCCUAGUCAUAGACUGUUCUCUCUGCUACCGCACGGCAAGCGGUACCGGAGUGCCAAGUCUAGGUCCAAAAGACUUCUCAACAGCUUCUACCCCCAAGCCAUAAGACUCCUGAACAGCUAAUCAUGGCUACCCGGACUAUUUGCACUGCCCCCCACCCCAUCCUUUUUACGCUGCUGCUACUCUGUUAAGUAUUUAUGCAUAGUCACUUUAACUCUACCCACAUGUACAUAUUACCUCAACUACCUCAACUAGCCGGUGCCCCCGCACAUUGACUCUGCAACGGUACCCCCCUGUAUAUAUAGCCUCCCUACUGUCACUUUAUUUUACUUCUGCUCUUUUUUUUCUCAACACUUUUUUUUGUUGUUGUUUUAUUCUUACUUUUUUUGUUUAAAAUAAAUGCACUGUUGGUUAAGGGCUGUAAGUAAGCAUUUCACUGUAAUGUCUGCACCUGUUGUAUUCGGCGCAUGUGACCAAUAAAAUUUGAUUUGAUUUGAUUUGGUAUUCCCCAGAAAGGUUUCUUCAUUUUUGGAUAUAGAGUACAUAAAGUCAUACUUUUGCCAUUAGCUAUUACAUUACUCGACUUUAAAACUUUGCUCUCUCAUUUCCAGGAUUUCAAGGAGCAGGUGAUUCACCACAUUGUCACCAUCUUCCUGCUUGGUUUCUCCUACUGUUCCAACUAUGUACGGAUAGGCACUCUGGUGAUGCUGCUUCACGACUCCUCUGACUUCCUCCUAGAGGUAAGAGCUGGAUCACAGCCCAGCCAAUCUCCUCAUAAACAUCAGUCUGUAUAUCCUAAGAUAUUCAAUAUCAUGUAUUUCACUUAGGACUGGUGAAAUGCACUGCACCUAAACAGGUUAGCGCUUGUCCGACGUGUGGAUAAAAUGCUUCUCUUUUUCCCCUACUGGUCUCGCUUGUGAAAUGUAUUUUUGUCAUUGAGGGUCAAUGAGGAACAUAAUGGUCAAAUUAGCAUGGCAUGUCUUAUGACUCUCUAGCCCUGUUUAUACCUGGUUCUAAUUUGUGUCCUUUGUCCUGAUAUUGGACAGAGAAACCAUUUAAACCAUCAUUAUUCCACCCUCUAAAAUCAUUAACAGGUGGCACCAUUGACUGAUUACAUCAAUAUGUGUCUUACAAUAAAUAAAUAAAUAUUAUUUUGAAAGAAUAGCUGUGAAAUCAUUUGCAUAAAGGAAGGGACCAGGAAAUCUGCUCACAAUGCAGACACAGUGGACGGAUAACAGACACAUUUUAAUUCCAUGUGUAGACACAUUUCUGGAAAUGUGGGCACAAUCAGAAUAUAGACAAGAUCAGGACAAAGGACCCAUGUUAGCACCAGGUAUAAACGGGGCUUCUUAUUCAUAGUCAGACAUUAGUGGGACCUUGGUUUACCUGCAGUGCCAGGAAUGUGAACCAGUCUGUCAAUUAUCAUUCAUUACCAAUAGAGAGAGAAUACCAAAGAGACCAAAAGCUGUGUGUAAUGAAUUUUAUGCACAUUCAUACAUAAAAGCCUCAUCACCUAAUUUAUUCCAAUAGAAACAUAUUUCAAUGUUAGCAUUUGUUUGCAUUAGGGAUCCAUCUUAGAAUAUCUUACUGUUUUUACAGUCUGCCAAGAUGUUCAACUAUGGCACGGGCUGGAGGAAGACGUGCGACACGUUAUUUGUCAUUUUUGCUGCUGUCUUCCUGGUGACUCGCCUGGUGGUGUUUCCCAGCAAGUAAGACCAACUCAGUGGUAUCUCUUAGUUCUAAAUGUUUUUUCAUGACAUUAUAAUACAAUUAAGAUUAUGUGCAAUUGUGAAUUUAUUAGUAUUGAUAGUGAAUGCUACACUACUUUUCAUUGGUUACCUAAUUGUAUCAAAUCGACUUUAUUGGCCAUCUAAUACACAACAAUGUUUGUUCAAGCAACAAUUUAGUUAACAAAAUGUCUUAGAAUAUAAUGGUUUACAACUGGGAUAUAUUGACUCUAAUCAUUGCAUUACUUGCUUCCUCUUCCCCUCCCUGCCCUGAUUUCUAGAAUAAUCCACACAACCCUUGUGUUGUCCAUGGAAGUCUUUGAACCCUUCGCUGGCUACUACUUUUUCAACAUUCUUCUGAUGGUGCUACAAGCACUUCAUGUCUUCUGGGCCUUGUUAAUCCUACGGAUGGCCAACAAGUUUCUAUUCUUGGGCAAGGUGAGUAUAUGCAGUCACAAAAUGACCAGGAAACAAGUAGCCCAUCACGUUUCAUGAGUGUUCAUGAUGUGUAUAUUUUUGUGUCUUUAGCUGGAUAAAGAUGAACGCAGUGAUGAAGAGAGUGAGCUGGAAGAGGGGGAGGAGGAAGACGAAGAUGGGGAGUGUUGUUGGGAGAGAAGUAAAGAAGCCCUGAACUCCAAACUGAAAAUGCUAAGCAAUAGCUUUGUCUUAAACAACCUUACCAAUCACAGAGCUGCUAUUGUGAGCAAGAUGCGCAAAGCGAGGUAG